UCACUACAGACUCACCUGUCACUUUGCUAGGUGAGAGGGCGAGACAAGAGAGCAGAUAGAGGGCUAGGACAAUGAGUUUUUACAAGGAGAGCGACGAGUAAAGAAGCUACAUCCCAUUCCACCUCCAGCAUGUCUUUAUCAAAGCCAGAGGCGCAGCUGGCCUUUGAGCUGAGCUGCCCCAUCUGCCUUCAGUUCUACUCGGAUCCAGUGGCUCUUCCCUGUGGGCACAACUACUGUCGAUCCUGCAUCUGCAAGACCACAGACCUUGAAGAUAAGUGCGGUGAAACGCUUCUGCGUUGCCCAGAGUGUCGUCAGGAGUUCUUGGGUGUGGAUUCCCUGCGGAGGAACUUCAAACUCUGCAGCAUCAUCGAGGGUUACCAAGCGGCCAUACCACUCCUGGACAGGCAGCCUGACACAAGGCCAGAGAGGAUGGAGGUUUUCUGUGACCACUGUAUAGAUGAACAGUCACUGGCUGUGAAGACCUGCCUGAAGUGUGAGGUGUCACUGUGCUCCAGGCACCUUCAACGACACCAGGAGAAGGAGUCAUUCAAGACCCAUGCAUUGGUGGAGCCUCAGGGAAACGAGCUGGGAAUAAAAGCCUGCACUGUCCACCAGCGUCCGCUUGAGUAUUUUUGUUCCAAUGACAUGACCUCGCUGUGCAGCACCUGCUUCAUAGAGGGUCAACACCAGGACCACGAUGUUCUCACCUUCAGUGUGGCUGAGGAGGAGAUGAGACGGGCACUGGAGAGCCGCAACAAGGUGGUGUCAAGCAGGCUGCUGAUGACCGAGAGCCUCCUGCAGAAGGCCGCGGAGGAGCAGGGAGCGUCUGAGGCUGUAGGUGACAAAGUGGUCAACAGGGCGGUCACAAUCAUGGACAGCAUGGCUGCACUGGUGGAGAGGUACAGGGAGCGUCUGCAUGUGCUUUUGAAGGAGGAGCAAGGCCAGCGCAGAAAAAGCUGGCAGUUUGGACUCGGUGCACUGGAAGAGCACCACCAGCAGUUACUGGAUGCCCAGCGAAGUGCCAACGAGGCCCUGAGUGAGACUGACACAUGCGUGUUCAUACACAGGUUCAUGUUGAUUGAUGAAACGCUGAGAAAGGUUGCCGAGGGCAACAUUCCUUCCAGUACCCCCUCCAAGGCACCGUUUAACACCAGGCGUCUCCAGACAAGCCUCAAGACCCAAGACUUCCGCUCUGAAAUGAUCCACUGCCUCGAUUCUCUUCAUAAUAUCCUGGGCCCCCUGGACCUCACCUUCAAUGCUAGCACCGUUCACCCCUGCCUGAUCCUGUCCAAUGAUCUGCGCACAGUCAAGUACAGCCCCAGCAAGCUGCCGUACCCAGAGCACCCAGAGCGUUUUACAAGUGCACCUCAGGUUCUGUGCAGCCAGGGCUUCUCCAGCGGCGAGCAUGUGUGGGUUGUAGAGGUGGGGGCCAACAGCAUGUGGUCAGUGGGGGUGUGUUACAAGAGCAUCACCCGCCGUGGUGACCACAGUCGCCUGGGACACAACUCUGUGUCCUGGCGCUUGCAGUGGAAGAACGGCAAGCUUACGGUGUGCCAGUCCUCCUGUAAUGUGGCUCUGGGAGAAAUUACCCACCAGCCGCUGAAGAUUGAGGUUGCGUUGCACUAUGAGAAAGGGACGUUAUCGUUCCAUAGCAUUAAAGGGCGCAGGGAGCACCUCCACACCUUCAGGGUUGUGUUUAGGGAGAUGGUCUACCCAGCGUUCAGUAUUCACUCCAACACACCAGAGUCCUGGAUCACACUGCAUAAUGGGAUGUAAUCUAUUACAAUUAAGCAUAAAAUGUAUAUAUCUCUUUAACCAAGUCAACUUUCCUCCAUUUGGGAUUUCUUUUUUUGCAUUUAAUGUUUUCAAAAUGCUACACUGAAAUACACACUGUCAUGACCCAAAUCACAGCAUCAAUAAUACAGUAUUGUGACUAGAGCAAAAUUGUGCAUAAAGUAGCAACUAAUUUACAGCCAUAUAUCUGUAAGAAGUAAUAUCUUUUUGAAUUGGUAACCAAAUAAUUCCCAAGAGAUAUUUAGUAAAUGAAUUACAAGUUCAUUAACUACAUUACAUCUGUGCUCUGUGCCAUAUGCCAUCUUAUAUUACUAUGCUAUAGAAUACAAACGUGAAUAUUGUCUUUAAGCAUGAUGAGAUAAGAUUAUUGGUUUACAAAAAUAUAAAAUGUUGUUCACGUUAAGGAUGUUUUUUGAAGAGUGUGUCGGUCAGUCAGGGGUUGUUUCACAAGACUUUAGAGGGCACUGGGACUGUGGGGACCCUAAGUCAAACCGAACCAAAGCCAGGUAGUGGCAAUGGGACUAGUUCAGGGGGUUAAUGGUGUCAUUGUAGUUUCCCACAAAAGCUAAUAAUGAAAUUUAAUGGCAUUCUCACAAAACUCUCAUAGUAGACUAAAGUAAUCAGCUGUUCUGCCUGCCUUGCCUUCCCUGAUGUGUCAGUAAUCAGUAUAUGUGUUCCAGUAUAUGUGAUUUUGCUUUCUGGAAUUUUCUUUGUUUUAUGAUACCCAUCCCUGUGUAUGUAUGUAUGUAUGU